AUGAAUAGUACAACUACAAGCACGAUUCCAAUUACAACCGUAACAACAACAACUACAACUGCUACCCAACAACUAGUACCACUACGAUCAGCUGCUAUUGAUAUUCAUCCAAAUGCAACAUGGAUACAAAAUGGUGUCACUGUGGCUGGAGGAAAUGGAGACGGCAAUGGAAUCAAUCAAUUCUCCUACGCAUUGGGUUUAUAUGUCGAUGAUGAUCAAACUAUUUAUGUCGCUGAUUAUUGGAAUCACCGUAUUGUGGAACGGAAACAUGGUGCGACAAGUGACCAAGUGGUUGCUGGUGGAAAUGGACAAGGAAAUGGAGCUAAUCAGUUAAACUUCCCAUUUGAUGUAAUUGUCGACAAAGAUCGAGAUAGUCUUAUUGUCAGCGAUAAUAAUAAUGAAAGAGUAGUUCGAUGGCCUCGUCGAAAUGGCACUCGUGGAGAAACAAUCAUCUCGAACAUCGGUUGUAUGGGUUUGACAAUGGACGAAAAUGGAUCUGUCUAUGUCGUUGACUGGGGAAAAAAUGAAGUGAAACGAUAUAGGAUUGGUGAUACUAACGGAACAGUAGUUGCAGGUGGAAAUGGAAAUGGAAAUCGUCUCGAUCAACUCUCUGGCCCCCACAAUGUAUUUGUCGAUCGAGAUCAUUCAGUGUACGUGUCUGAUUAUGAAAAUCAUCGUGUGAUGAAAUGGGAAGAAGGCGCAAAACAAGGCAUUGUUGUAGCCGGUGGUGAAGACUAUGGAUAUAGUCUUACACAACUGUCAUAUCCUAUCGGAGUUGUCGUCGAUCAGUUGGACACUGUCUAUGUGGCUGAUUCUUGGAAUGAUCGAAUUAUGCGUUGGCCAAAAGGAGCCACACAGGUAGAGGUGUAAGCCGUGCGGCUGAGCCGCCGCCGCCGCCGAUUAACGGGAAAAAUUUUAAGCCGCCGCCGCCGUGACAGUCGAAAUUUUAAAAAUUUAUAAGCCGCCGCCGCUGAGACACUUUAGUUCCAGCCGCCGCGCCGCCGAGGGCAUUCAGAAUUUUCAAAUUUUUGAGCCGCCGCCGCCGACACCGUUCAUAAACAUCGACAACUUUUUAUCAUUUUUUCCUUAAUUUUGUAUGGGUUAAAAGUUUCAAGUAAUCAUUUCACUUGUUAAUGUCUAUAACAUUAUAUAUAAGUAAAAACCAGUAUUAUAAGUUUCGAUUAACAGAAACAAAAUCAAGCAACAGACUUGUGUGUGCUACGUCGUUCUACUUAUUAACAAACUCGGUGACGGUUUUUCAUCUACUAUUUAUCCUGGUGGUUAUAUUUAUUUUUCAUUUAUUUGUAUUCUCAGUGGUUGUAUUAUUUUUUUCACUUAUUAAUAAUCCUAGUGAUUCCGUUUUAUUCAGUAGCAGUUCAAGUUAUAUUUCCUACUCAAAGUUUGAUGGUUUUACUAUGUAUUGAUGAUUUUGGUAAUUUUUAUUUAUCAUUAUUUUUGGAGUUGCUUUUUCAAUUUUCAGAAAUUUGUAGGUGCUGUUUAUUGAUAAAUAAAUAAUUCUGUUUGUUUUGUUCAUUUUUAGGUUCAUCUUGCAGUUGAAAUGACAAAUGUAUAUUGUGUAAACAAAAACUUUUUUAUCGAGAUGAACCUACCUAAUCUACCAAAACCAUCGUUCGUCUGGAAUCAUUUCGGUUAUUUGCACAAAAAAACCGUAUUAGUUAGCCGAUAAUUAACAUGUUUAUUGCAAAAUUUGGUUUCACAAAUUGAAAAACGAUCAAGCUGAUAUUACUUUUUUCAAUUAAAAAUCUUAUUGGUAUUUAUAGCAAUAUAAGUGGUACAGAAAAUGUGAAAAAUCAUUUAACGGUCUACGAAAACGUUUUUGGACAAAAUAUUUGUUCAUUUUUUUCUCUUAUAAAAGUAUUCUAGUCGAGGGAAAAAAGAGUGAUUAGGACCGGAAUGAUGUGGUCUUUCCAGAUAUAGGCUCAUAAAUUAUGUACCUAUUGUUGCUCCAGAAUAAGUAAGGAUAUCUCUGAAAGGUCUAAAAACACAGUUUGAACACAUCAAUUAUUCAAAAGUUUCUCGACAAUGUUUUGUUCAUAUUUUAUUGGCUUAAGUGUUCUAGGUGAAUGAAAUACUUUAGAUUAGGACUAGAAUUCCGUGCUCUAUCCGAAUAUAGUCUGAGGGAUUGUGUAUCUGUUCUUGUCAUAGAGUAGUGAGGAGGUCUUUGAAUGUUCUGAAAAAGUAAUGUCAGUGGCAAAUAAAAAAGCUUUUGUGACCUUCGUAUGUUUCUUGAGAAAAGCGCUAAAAAUGGUUCAACUUGCAAAUGUUGUAGGACGAAUAAUUCUUUAUAAAAUGUUAUGGCGAACUAAAAUGUACCCUUUACGCAUAUAAAAAUAUGACUGUUUUUGCAAGAACUACAUCUGUCAGAAUCGAAUUCUGAUGAAAAAAUUGAUUUUUUCGAAAAUGCAACUGAACAACAAUGUAAGUAUUUUGUCAGAAAAAAAUUAACCCAAAUGUCAUAUUUUGUAGAACAAACUUUGUUCAAGCUGACAUGUGAACAAAAGAUUCAGCAUGUUAGUUUUGAAUAUCAGUAGCAAGCAUAUGAAGAUGUGCGAAGAAAUUUUCCGUCCAAACGGUUUUUUAGUGUACUCAAAAAGUGAGUACACUACUAAAAUCGGUCUGUGUGUCCGUCCGUCCGUCCGGCCGUUAACACGAUAACUUUCGAAAGGAGAGUCAGAUUGCGAUGAAAUUUUCUACACAGCUUAGUCUUGACAAUAUCUCGGUCGAGUUCGAAGAUGAGAAGGAUCCGCCAAGAAAUGACUGAGUUAUCGAAAAAAUUGUGAUUUUUGACCAGACCAUCCCUGAGGGGGGGUACGGGGAUUUUUCGAAAAAAAAUUUUUUGCUCAUAAUUAUUCACAAAAUACAUAAAUCGACUCAGUUUUUAACGCUGAUUCUGAAUCUGAUAUUAAUUUUGAACUGAAUCAUAGUUUUGUGUACUCAAAAAGUGAGUCCACUAUAGAAUAGUCAGUGUGUCCGUCCGUCCGGUUGGCUGUUUACAUGAUAAAUUUUGACAGCAGAGUCAGAUUGCGAUGAAAGUUUCUACACAGCUUAGUCUUGACAAUGUCUCGGUCGAGUUCGAAGAUGAGAAGGAUCGGCCGAGCUGUUCCUGAGUUAUUGCAAAAAUACCCAUUUUUCCCUAUAGCUUUCUGUGGAAAAAUGGACCCAUCGCGACUUUCGUAAAAGACUUUUCCUAUCAUAGUCAAUUAAAACCCCAACUAUUAUAUACCAUUCGAUAGAGAAUUUCAAGAACUACGAAAUGAUAUAUAAAACAUAAAAAAACAAGAAGAUUGACUUACCAAUGACAAGGACAAUUAAAGAGAACUAGGUUAUAUUUUGGUCCACGAUCUAAUUGAUCCACAAAUAGAGCUUUAUCUUCCGGUCACACUGAUGAUACUUCGAGGUUUUCAGAUAUGGAGAACUCGAAUGUGUACUGCACUUCCAUCGAAAUACUAUUAGUUGCGCAGUGACCAAUAGAAAUGAAGUUAUAGGAAAAACGACUUUCUUAGGGUAAAUCAAGGGAAAGAGUUCAAACUUGAGCUGUAUUCGGUCCCAUGUCCUAUUGGUUUGGCAACGCGCAAUAGAAAUCAACAUUUUAAAUGGUAGAUUUCACAGUAUAAUUUUGAUAUUCAGACAGUCUAGGAUGAUUGAUUUGUAUGAUUCACUUUUUGAAGUACACAUAACUCUCGGAUUUAAAUCCGAAGUUUCCGCAUUUAUUUUAGACCUUUGAAAGGUCUCCUCACUGCUCUCGAGCGAGAAUAGGUACACCAAUUCAGCCCAUAUUUGGAAAGAGCACAAAAUUCUGGUCCUUAGCACUAGUUGUCCACUCGACUAAAAUACUUUUAGAAGAGUCAAAAAUGAGCAAAUAUGUUGCCCAAAAACUUUCCCAUAGACUGCUAUAGUAGUUUUUCUAAACCUCCAGCCGCCGCCGCCGUCGGCGGUAGGAAAAAAAUGACUUUCGAGCCGCCGCCGCCGUGCAGCCCCAGCUAUUCAAAUCUGCGCCGCCGAGCUUUUGAAAAAAAAAAUUUUUUAAUGGCGCCGCCGCCGGACAGCUCAUCGGCUUACACCUCUACACACAGGGAAGUGUGAUUGUUGGCGGAAACGGUCGAGGAGGAGAGUCGAAUCAAUUAACUCUUCCUUCUGGUUUAUCAUUCGAUCAACAUGGCAAUCUCUAUGUUGUCGAUCGUGGCAAUACUCGAGUACAAAAAUUUGCAAUCGAACAGACAACAAUUUAAUGAUGCUUAUUUGUUUGUGUGGUUGAGAAUAAUUUGCAUGGAAUAAAGAAAAAAAGGAUAUUUGCCACCAUUCAAUAAAUAUAUGAGAUAUAUGUGCGCGCGCGACCAGAAAACCGUCCCUCGUGGCGAGAGCGGCGGCUGCUUGGCGAUGCACGAAGAGAGCCAAGCUCACAUGUACACGUAUGCAUGAACAAACAUCGAUCGUGUGAAUUCGAUAGGCCCGUGUCGUGUUGCCACUAUCACCAGUUAAAUUUUCUGGUUGAGAGUACACAAAGUUCUCCCAAUGGAGCUACAUUGGAUGACAAGUGUACCUUAGAAAGAGUAGAGAAUUAGAGAGAAUGAUCUUUGCUCUAUUCGAAUGAUCGCAUGAGAAUGAUUCAUGGCCAGUGAAGCAUUAUCAAAACGAUCAUCUGAAUGAAGUGAAGGACAUGGAACAGAAUAUAGAAAAGGCGAGACCACUUACUUGGUAAUUGCUUGUUUGCUACACGGAAGCAUCGUCAACGAAUGAAUGACCGCUCUUCUUUCUGCCCACCUCUAUUUAUAUCAAUACACAACGCCAAUGCUUCAUCCUGUUGCAUCAUCUUCCUUCUAGAAAGAUUACGAAUGGAAAUGGAAGGUACUAAUUACUUUCAUAUAUAAUUUAGAAUUUAUCAAUAAACAUUCAACGCGAAGGAAGAUCCAGAAAAAUUUCAGUUACUAAAAGUUAGAGGACGAUUUUCUUAGUUAAUACUAUGUUUUCUAAUAAAAAGUGUUCUUACUUGUAUCAGAUAUAGACACGGUCGAUAUUUUACAACUGUUACAUCUAUCUUAAAAAUGAAUCAGUCUUAUAAUAUAUUCUAUUCUUUCUUCUCCAUCAGAGAUGGGCACAGGACAGUCCUGUCCUGUAGGACAGGACGAAGCUAAAAUUUUCGUCCUGCCCUGCCGCCCGCCAGGACAGACACCAGCAGGACGACAGGACAGAACAGGAUGGGGUGUGGGUGUGGGUGUCAGCAAUUGAACAAGAAGAACGUACACCCAUAGUCACAGCCACACCCACACUGCGGACUACAAAAUAGGGUGUAGGUGGUGUGGGUGUGUGGGUGGUCGCGUGUGUAAAGGUAUAGAAAAUUCAUAGUCACACCCCAAGCACACCCACAUUCUACCUACAUAAUGCACAUGGUCUCAAUGUAAAAGCGAUUGAUCCGUUGUGAACUUGCCCUCAUAAGUUUAUCUGAAUUAUCUUUCAUUGCAGUUUGUCCAUGUGUAUUCUGCGUAUUACCUAAUCGCAAUAAAUAUACUUAUCUCGAAAUAUGUAAAGAAUUAAAAAAUUUAGCUACACAAUUAAACAGUUUUUUACUUCCCUGCAAUAUCAUUUACAUCUGAUCCUUAAAAAAAUCUAUUUUCAAUGCAUUGAUAAAGAAAUUUACAUUUGAAUAAUGUAAAGUAUCUUAUUCUAAUACCCAGGUGAUUCGAUCCGACUGUCGGAUUACGUCGGAUUAUAUCGGAUUAUAUCGGAAAAAUUACCGGAUUUUAACGGAUCCGACGGGAACUCGUCGGAAGUUGUCGGCGUCCUAGCCACAGGAUUCCGACAGGAGGUUCCGGAUGUCGGAAUAAUCAGGAUCCUGCGAAAUCCCUGAAACUCCGACACUUUCCGACAUCCAGAACCACUUGUCGGAAUCCUGUGGUUAGGAUUCCGACAAAUUCCGGCGAAUUUCUAUCGGAUUCGAUAGGGUGAAUUCGACCUGGGUAUAUUUUCGAUGUUUUUUUUUCGACGAAAUGAUCGUUCAAUAUUUUCAUCAUUCGACAUUUUUCAUCUCGAUCUUUCUACUGUUUGACAUUUUCUUUUAUUUCGACGAUUUUCUUUCGACCUUUUUCAUUUCGACAUUUUUAGCUUCGACUUUUUUAUAACAUUCAUAUCGUUUAUAUAUUGUUUGGAAUGAUAAUAUCAUUUGUUCUUUCUUGUCUUUCAUCUUAUCUGUGCAGAAACAGAUUUAUUUCCAACUUCUAACAAUGAGUAUAUAAAUACAUCUCGAAGAUAAUUUUUUAUAAUUAAAAUAUAUAUUAUGAUCCUACACUAAAUAAUUUUAAAAUUCCCACUUUCGUUAUUCCUAAUUUGUAGGUGUAAGUGUAAUUUUUGAUUUGCUCUUUUGAAUAUUGAAGUUCUCAAUUGUAGUCAGUUUUAUUCUGUAUUUUCACGUUUUUCUGAAUGGAAGUGCAAAGUACAAAGUGUAAUGAUUAUGAUUCAAUAGUUGAGCCAUUAAAUUCUGAAACAGAUAGUUUAGUGCUACAUGAAAUAAAUAGAAAACCUACUCAUGGAAGAGAAAAUAUGUGGCUAAGAAUGACAACCCAUGUAGAUGGAAAUAAUUGGAAGUUUUACCAAAGAGAACAAUGUCAAUUAGUAAGUAUUAGGCUAAAAAAACAGACUUCAUUUUAUUUCAUACUACACUAGUCGACGAUCUUGACUUCGAUCUGUCCAGAUUCUUGUAGACC